AUAAUUCUUAACACAUUUUUCUUUGCUAAAACACAAGUUGCAAAAGAACUCUGCUCAUAUUCUCAAAUGAAAGCUCAUGUGAUGCAAAAUGCUUGCCACAGUCAGCAAUAUUUGAACACAAUGAACACACCUGGCGUCAUUCAUUACACACAUCGACUCAAAAUUUAAGACACUUGUUGCUAAUGCUGUGACCACAUGUACAAAAGCAAGUUCAGAGUGCACACUUUGCUGAAGAUUCCAAACAGACACAAUGGAUGAAGGCAGAGUCAGGGGAAGAGGAAUUCGAGUCAGAGGAGGGAGAAGAGCUGGCCAUGGAAGAAGAGGAGCAGACUAACGAUGAAGAGGAGUUCAAAUCAGUGGAGGAAGAGGAGCAGGCCAACGAGGAAGAGGAGUUCAAAUAAGAGGAGGAAGAGGAGCAGACCAACAAGGAAGAGGAGUUUAAAUCAGAGGAGGAAGAGGAGCAGGCCAACAAGGGAGAGGAGAAGGUCCAGGAGGGAGAGCAAGACAACCUCGCACCAUCAUUUUGGACGAGAUGCGAACAACAGUCAUUGACCAUGUCAUUGUCCAUGGCAUGACAAUGGCUGAAGCAGGACUACGAGUCCGUCCAAACCUGAGUAGGUUUACCGUUGGCCACCAUUAUCAGGGCAUUCAGACAACACAACAGGUAUUGUACUCUAUUGCUUUCUUUGUCACAAUACAAUUUUACAAGCCUGUGAAAGUAGUCUAUUGGUUCCAAAUCAGUUGUUACUGUAUUGUAAAACUGACAACACAUGUUUCUUUCUUUAGAGUUGAAAAAAUGCCACCUAGAGGUGGGAGGGUUGCCAUAUUUACAGCGGCACAAGAAACCCUUAUUGUGGAUAUGGUUCGUGAGAACAAACUCAUCAGACUCCGGGAGAUCAGAGACAAAGUCAUUGCCGAUAAUGUCAACUUUAAAAGCAUUGAUGAUGUCAGCUUGGCCACAAUAGACCGAGUUCUUCGGUGCCAAAAGAUGCGGAUGAAACAGGUCUAUAGGGUUCCCUUUGAGCGCAACUCUACGCGACACAAAGACCUACGUUACGAGUAUGUGCAAAGGAUAUUACAGUUGGACACGAUGGCCAGACCUCAUGAGUACCCCUUUCUGGAUGAGGCUGGCUUCAACCUGCAGAAACGAAGGCAAAGAGGCCGUAACAUCAUUGGCCAAAGAGCCAUCAUUGAGGUUCCUGGCCAACGGGGGGGUAAUAUUACUCUUUGUGCGGCCAUGUGUUUGGAGGGGCUUGUCCACCGGCAUGCUGUCCUUGGGUCUUACAACACCCAACGUCUCCUCACCUUCCUAGAGGAGCUAAAAGACAUCCUCCUGGACCGCCAACAACACCAUCCUGGGCCUGAACAUCAAAUUUAUGUGAUCAUUUGGGACAAUGUACGCUUCCACAAAACAAACCAAAUCAGAGAGUGGUUCACCACCAACAGUAACCACUUUUUAAACGUCUGUCUGCCACCCUACUCCCCUUUCCUGAACCCUAUAGAGGAGUUCUUCUCAUCAUGGAGAUGGAAGGUUUAUGACAGACAACCAUAGACUAGAGAGGACCUCCUAAGGGCAAUGAAGCUGGCCUGUGUUGACAUCCCAGUGGAGGCCUUCCAAGGAUGGAUUCGCCAUUCCAGGGCGUUUUUCCCGUGGUGCCUGGCAAGAGACAAUAUAGCCUGCGAUGUGAAUGAGGUGAUGUGGCCUGAUGCAGCUCAGCGACAUGAUGCCGCACAGUGAUUGUGGUGUGUGUGUGGUGUGAAUAAAGUAAAUAAA